UUCACCGACUUGCAACGACACCGUCCCUGGCUCAACUCUGUCUACAACCCAUAUUAAAUUACUACUCCGUACGUUUUCGACGCUGAGAGAUCAACCAUAAUAAAAGUGCAAAACGAGAACCCAGACACAGAUCCAAGACAAGAUAGCGACGGCGUUUGUGUAGACCGUGCACCGCGGCAAGCGGAUCAAAGCGCGCCUGGACCAGUCUUGCUCCGCUCUACGGGCCCAAUCCUCCUUUGCUGUUCUCGUCGUCCUCCGCUUCAGCAGAAUUCGAAUCGCAGUGACACCGACAUCCUUCGACAAUCAACCCUUCAUCUCCUCACACGCCUUCAUACCCGCUCCUCAGGCCCUUUCAUACUCAUCCUCACCAUUCUCGACCUGCGCCAACUUCAGCCCGCAUGCUGUUCCGCGUCGAAUCUCCUCAGCCACGUCUGCCCUGGUGCUGAGUACAGAUUUGCCCGACACCUCCUGUUUGACAAUCCUCUCCUACACGUACCCACCCCCCUUCGAGCUCGAUCCUGUCAACCAUGGCCACCAGCCAGGAAAAACCUUUCUACAGCGCGGGUCAAUUCAUGAAUCCAGGCCCUGCACCCAGACCCCCAGUUGAUCGACCCCGGCACCUCGAUCUACAACGCUCUCAAACUUCGAUAUCCUCCAUUCCAAGCAACACUUUCGAGUCCAUGUCCAUAUCUGCAGGCCCCGCCUCUCCAGCAAUCACCGCUUCCACGCCCAGUGCGCCAUACUUUUCCAAUGCCAGUUCUUUGUCCUUGUCCACCAUCGGCAAAUCCUCUGGCCCCGUGACAAUCAUCAAGGAAGGUCAUGUCCGCUGCAAAGAAGACAAGUUUCUCUCCCAAUGGAACCAGCGAUAUCUCAUUCUACGCGAGUUCCGCUUGGACUUUAUGAAAAGCGAAAAUGGCAAAUUAAUGCAAUCAAUCCAACUCAAUACCGUCACCGGCGUCACACGUUCUGAGGAGACUCGGAUGGCCUUUGAGAUCGUCCGCAUUGCCAAUCCCAAAGAUGCAUCUGGCAAGGUGGUUCUCUCUCGCGAUAUUCCCACUCGCACUAUCACUUGUGAAGUCCGCAAUGAUGACGAGAUCUAUGAUUGGAUCGAUAAAAUCUACGAGCGAUGCCCAGGUAUGGGUGGUGUUAGCAACCCCACCAACUUUAGCCAUCGUAUCCAUGUAGGAUUUGAUCCGCAGACUGGUGGUUUUGUUGGCUUGCCCCAGGAGUGGGAGAAGCUUUUGAACAAUUCUGCCAUCACACGGGAUGAUUAUAAAAAGAACCCUCAAGCCGUCAUUGAGGUUCUUCAAUUCUAUUCCGACCAAAAGGCUCGAGAGCAACACCCUGAAAUCUAUUCCCCUGGGAUGAACACUCCCCCCGCCACCUCUCAAUCUAAUAAACAACUCGGUUUCCCCACCGGCGGCAACAAUGUCGCCCCCCCACGACCUGGGGCGCCUCUAGAUCCUCUGCGUUACAAUGGCACUCAGUUAGGGAACAAAUUUCAAGAAGCUCCAGCCCGGACAGCUACCCCACCGUCAAAACCACCAAUGCAGAGAUCUCAAACUGACAAAGGCUCAUAUGACAUGGAAGCUGACGCUGCCCGCAUCAAGGAAAUUGCAAUGCAGGAGCAGAAGCGUCGACAGGCCGAAGCAGACAGCAAAAGGGCCGCCGACAGACAACGGGAGAAGGAACGAUUCGAGGAGCAAUCAAGAAGGGAGCAAGAAGCUUACAAUGCCUCUUUGCCCAAGACGAAACCUUCCCUAGCGCAACAGGAGCUUGGAGGUUAUGGCGGCAGUCCAGAUCGAACCCCAAAUCGACCAGAUCCCAGGUUUAAUCCCGCCAGAACAGCUCCUUCGGCUCCGCAAACAGCAUCAUCGCGACAACAAGCACCUAUCGCCCAGAGGCCCGCUCCGUCCGCUCCUACUAGUGCCAACCAGAAAACCAUUCCUCAAUCGUCUUCAGCACCUCAGGCGUCUCUGCGGUCCCCCGAGAUCAGAGAUCGUGAUCGACAACCAUCUCCCAGCGCUCGGUACCAGCCAGAGAGAGAAGCUCCCCGUGCAAACACGAACCCCAAAGCGCUGGUGAAUGGCGCCAAUGGCCAGUCUCCUGCCCGGUCCCCGGGCUCAGUGCAACAGCCCAAGCCUUUGAAUGUUGCUAAGCAGCCACAGGCUAAGCCGGCCGUUGACCCUCGUAAAGAAGCUGAGAUCGCUCUGACGGCUAAGAAACCGGUGGAAGAGCGAGCAAAGGAGGUCCGCAUGUCAAGCAUGAGCGAAAGCGAAGUCAUGGCCAAGCUUAAACAAGUCGUUUCCAAGGACAACCCCCUCGAAUCUUACAGCAAACAGAAAAAGAUUGGCCAGGGCGCUUCCGGCUCUGUUUACGUCGCUAGGGUUAAGGAGAGUGCUACCUCAGCGGUGGCCCGAGAGUUGCAUCGAACACAUGGACCCAAGGGCCAGGUGGCAAUCAAGCAGAUGGACCUCCGCAACCAACCCCGCAAAGAGUUGAUCGUUAACGAAAUCAUUGUGAUGAAGGACUCGAAGCACCCCAACAUUGUCAAUUUUCUCGACUCGUUUCUGCAGGAGCAAAAUAAUGAAUUAUGGGUUGUUAUGGAGUUUAUGGAGGGGGGUGCCCUCACCGACGUGAUCGACAACAACCCCGUCAUUACUGAAGAUCAGAUUUCGACGAUUUGCUUCGAGACUUGCAAAGGUUUGGCACAUUUACACUCCCAGGACAUCAUCCACAGAGACAUCAAGAGUGACAAUGUGUUGCUCGACCGCGUCGGCAAUGUCAAAAUUACCGACUUUGGUUUUUGUGCUAAGCUCACCGAGUCUAAGAGCAAGCGAGCGACGAUGGUGGGGACGCCAUACUGGAUGGCCCCAGAGGUUGUUAAGCAAAAGGAAUAUGGCUCCAAAGUGGAUAUCUGGUCUCUCGGAAUCAUGGCGAUCGAGAUGAUUGAGUCUGAGCCACCAUAUCUCAACGAGGAGCCCCUGAAAGCCCUUUUCUUGAUUGCCACCAACGGCACACCACGUCUGAAAAAUCCCAACAAGCUUUCACGCGAACUCAAGGGAUUCUUGAGCGUCUGUCUGUGUGUGGACGUGCGAAGCAGAGCGAGUGCGGAUGAACUGCUCCGGAAUGACUUUAUGCGCAUGGGAUGCAGCCUUGCGAGCCUGAGUGAGUUGCUCAAAUGGCGUGAGAAGGGCCGACAGUGAAUGCAUUUGAGACGAGAGUGAAAGGCCACAGCAGCCGGUUUGGAGCGAAGCAAUGAGCGAUAAUGAUUGGCAAGCCGCCUUCCAACUUUCUUGGAUAGUGAGCGGUCUUCCUGAAGAGGAUGUGCGGUACGAGACUGGGUCUUUCAAGAGGCCAUGGGCGCCAUGACUUUGGCUACGUGCAUCCAAUCACACAAACAAACACACACACAGUGAAGCCAUCGGGUUAGGUUUGGGAUCAUCUGCUCAUAUCUGGGACUCUGGACACUCAAACAAGGCAAGACACGGCGAUGAUCACAUGUCUGGUCACAUGACUACGCACUUGAGGAUUGACGUGGAAAGGAUAAUGAUUUAUGGCGAAGGGGAAUGUUGAAAGAGGAAUCAGCUUGGGCAGAGCCCCGCUGCUAAUUACGUUCUUGAUUUAAAUUCACUGUGGCUGGCAGCCUUGACCAGGACAUGGGAGUCAGUAAUUCGCUUCCAGCACCGGGGAAAGGACAGGACUGGCCCAAAAGUGACGAUGAGACGAAUUCCAUGAAGACCAGGAACGAGAGCAUAUAUUUCGAAAAUCAGUCAAGUGAUAUCGCACACUGGAUAGAUACAAACUCUGCAUAUUGUUUAUGCAUGGGAAAGAGAUGGCGGUAAAGAGGGCCAUUGCUCAAAGACUUUCUCGGUUCUUGAGAGAGGGAGCACAUGUGGAGGGAUAUGAGGACACCCGCAUAGUUUUCAGUGAUAGUGUUGAUUCAGAUUCAGUACA